UCAAGGUCGUUAAACACAGAUACCCAGUUGCUGACCUGAUUUUUACAUUGUACACGAGAAGUCGAUUUUGUCUAUUUUCAGUUUUGUAUGCUUCUCUCACGGUUGAACAGCAUGUCAUCUAUCUGUGGGAAUUCAUCAAUCUGGAGUGAUGAACAACUAUCAGCUUCUGGUCCUAACUUUACGGAUUGCUUUCGGAACAUCGUUCCCGUAUGCAUAUCGGUAGGAUGGCUGAUUCUUAGCCUACCCUUCUAUAUCUACAACAUUAUCAAACGGCAGAGACAACAAAUUCCUUUGACAUUACUCAGUAUUGUGAAAACUGUUUCAUGUUUUGUUGCUGCGUUCCUGUGCUUAGCUGAUAUCAGCGUUAACAGAUCUCUUGGAUAUCGCUGUGACAGUUUUACAGAGACUCCAUUGAUAUAUUACGUUUGCACUGUUUUCCAGUUGUUAGCUGUUAUUUACGUGGCCAUUAUUACACAAGUAAACCGACACAGAGGCGUCAUGACUUCCUGGAUGUUGUGGAUAUUUUGGCUGCUGUCUUUUGUUGUCAAUAUCAUACCGCUUGUGUGGAAUAUUACAAAUCAGCCAAAGUGUAUUAACAGUAUAUUCCAUUAUGUGUUCUUUGUUGUAAUACUUGUCCAACUGAUAUUAUACAGUUUUACAGACAACCCAUUUAAAGAUGAAUACGAGCAUAUAGGAAAGAUGGAAUGUCCAGAAACUUACUCUUCUGUUGUGUCAAAGAUUUUAUUCUGGUGGUAUAAUCCUGUCGUUACAAUGUGUUACAAGAAGACAAUAGUCAAAGAAGAUUUGUGGGACAAUUUACCAUGCCUUAAGGCAGAGCCAGUUGUUGCCGAAAUACAGGCAUCAUGGAGAGAUGAAGAAAAUCGUUCAACACUGGAUAGCCGUCAAUUUGCUGAUAAGCCUUCGAAGAAUGGACUUUUUAAAACAGGCUAUUACGAAAUUGGAAAAGAAACCGUUAAUCUGCAGAAGUAUGACCAUUGUCAAAUGAUUCAACCACACAUAAACAGUAGUGUAAAUGAUAGUAAUCCAACAUUAAAUGGCAGAAGCUGUAAACAAGAACCAUCGUUACUGAAAUGUGUGGUGAAACUGUAUGGAUAUGAAUGGCUGCGUGCUUGUUUUAUUCAAAUACUGUCAGACGCUGCAAUGCUAAUACAACCACUGAUUCUUGCAUUAAUAGUGGAGGAAGUCCAAAUAACAGAUAAGUAUACCUGGUAUAGUGUCGUACUUGCGAUACUACUGUUUCUCCUUUGUCAGCUACAAUUGGUGUUUUAUUUGCACGCAGAACAGCUUACUCUUAGACUUGCAUUGAAAAUCAAAACGGCUUUAAUGGGAAUGAUUUAUAAAAAGACUUUUCAAAUAAAAAGCAGUGAGAAAAAAACGUAUACGGCUGGUGAAAUAAUGACUUUGGUCUCCGUGGACUGUCAACGGAUUCAAGAUGCUUUCCAAUUUACUCAACAACUAUCAUCGUUUUGUAUUGUGCUUGUAGUUGGUCUCUAUGAGUUGUGGAAGCCAAUGGGGAUAUCAUUUCUUGGAUGUCUUGGUGUUAUUCUUCUUAUUUUCUUCUUGAAUACAAUUUUUGGAAAACUACUGCAAGGUUAUUUUGAAGACAUAUUCAUGUAUAAAGGUAGUAGAAUAAAAAUAUUCAACGAAGUCAUGAAUGGAAUCAAGCUGAUUAAAAUGUAUACAUGGGAGCCAUUUUUCCUUACAAAAAUAGAAAAUAUCCGACGUAAAGAAAUUGAUGUACUUAAGAAGAUAUCGAGAGUUACAAUAACGAACUUACUGUGUGUAGAUCAUAGUCCAUUUUUUAUGAAUUUGUUUAUGGUGCUUAUAUUUACCUUUGUAUCACAACAACCAUAUACAGCAAAGAAUGCAUUUCUUGCAUUGUCCAUAAUCAAUAUCUUGAAAUUUCCUUUGAACAUCAUACCGUUUACACUUGGUGGAAUUGCUCAGGCAUCGGUGUCAAUAAGAAGAAUAGGAAAAUUUCUCCAAUCGCCUGAAAUAGAUGACUAUAAAUGUCAUGUAAAAUCUCAGUCGAAUUCAGACUUUGCUGUCACUAUCAGUAACGGAAAGUUUACAUGGGACAGAAGUUGUAAUCAAGUAACACUUUCAGGCUUGAAUACAGAAAUACGAGCGGGAAAACUUGUAGCAGUAGUAGGUCUUGUUGGGUCCGGGAAAUCCUCGUUGUUAUCCAGCAUUCUUGGGGAAAUGGAGAAAUUAGAAGGCCAAGUUCAUGUACAGGGUUCAGUAUCUUACGUAUCACAAGAACCAUGGAUACAAAACCUAACAAUCAGAGAUAAUAUCUUAUAUGGAAAUGAAUAUGUUGAUCGUAAAUACAGAAGAGUUAUUAAGAACUGCUGCUUGAGAACUGAUUUUAAAAUUCUACCUGGUGGAGAUGAAACCGAAUUAGGUGAAAGGGGAAUAAAUGUCAGCGGGGGCCAAAAACAACGUAUCAACCUGGCUAGAGCAGUAUAUUGUGAUUCUGACAUAUACCUGAUGGAUGAUCCUCUUAGUGCCGUUGAUUCCCAUGUUGGUAAAGAUUUAUUCGACAAAGUUAUUGGCCCCAAUGGAAUGCUAAAAAAUAAGACAAGAUUUUUCGUAACGCAUGGUGUACAAUGGCUCCCAAAGGUCGAUGAAAUAAUAGUGAUGGACAAUGGUAAAAUUUCUGAGCAUGGAACAUACGAACGCUUAAUAAGCAAUAAUGGUCCUUUUUCCCGAUUUCUAAUGCAACACCUUGUAGAAGAAGACACAUCAGAAGACGGAGACGACACAGAAUUUCAGCAAAUUAAAGAUGAAAUGUUUGAAAGAGUAACUGUUACUUCUGAUGGAGGGAUGUCUGAUACUCUAACAUCAGACUGUGUGAUGUCAGAUGAGGAAUAUAAAACACAACGUACGAGGUCACGAAGGACCCUAGCAAGACAAAACAGUCGCAAGCUUAAGAGGCAAAUGUCAAAAGAUGGUGGAUCACCCGAGCAACAAGAAAGUCAAACAGCAAAACAGUUUAAAAAAGAUGGCGUGUUAGUACAGGAUGAAACAUCUGAGAAAGGAUCGGUAAAACUAGCAGUUAUUCUCACUUACAUCAAGUCAAUGGGUGUAUUAGUUACACUUAUGGCAUUCAUUUUCCUAUGUGUAUACCAAGGCUUAGGAAUAUAUUCAAAUAUCUGGAUUACAUACUGGACAUCUAAUUUGUAUUUAUUGAAUGCUUCAAAUCGAAACACCGACAUAUACUAUGAAGAAAAAACUUACUACCUUGGAUUGUAUGCUUUGAUUGGAAUAUUACAAGGAAUUGGUUUUAUACUUUUUCAAGGUUUCAUAGUAAACGGUUUUAUACGAGGAACAAAUAGAUUUCAUUCAAAGAUUUUGAACAGCAUCCUCCGAUCACCGAUGUCAUUUUUUGAUACAACACCUACAGGAAGAAUCAUAAAUCGAUUUUCCGGUGAUAUCGAUAUAUUAGAUGACAGAUUUCCACGUAUCUGUAAUUUUUUUGUUAUUUCCCUGUCAACUUUGAUCUCUACAAUGAUAGUUAUAGUCAUGAAGACCCCAUUGGUAAUGGUUGUUAUCGCUCCUGUAGCAGUUUUAUACGUUGUAUUUAUUAAAUUUUAUUUGCCUACAUCCAGACAAUUAAAACGGACAGAGGCAGUGACCAGAUCACUCCUGUUAAGCCAUUACAGUGAGACUAUAAAUGGCACAAGUGUUAUUCGUGCCUAUAACUCGGAGGAAAGGUUUAUUGACGAAGUCUAUAAACGACUUGAUCUGAACUCAUCAUUUUAUUUUGCCGCGAACACUGGAAUGGGAUGGAUUGGUAUGAGAAUACAGACGUUUGGAAACUUGGUAGUUUUAGCCGCUGCACUAUUUGCUGUGCUCUCAACAUCUCUUUCCGGAGCAGAUGCCGGCCUGUCAUUGACGUAUGCAUUACAGAUAAUAGUAAGCAUGAAUGCUGUUGUACAGACUGUCAGUAUUUUACAAAUGGACAUUAUAUCAAUGGAGAGAGUAGAUGAAUACAGCAAAUUACAACCAGAGGCAACAUGGAUAAGCAACAAAAGACCAGUUGACGACUGGCCAGCAAAUGGAGAAAUUGAAUUUUUGAACUAUAAGACCUGGUAUAGAGAAGGGUUAGACUUAGUAUUAAGGGGUGUUAGCUGUAACAUCAAACCUGGGGAAAAGAUAGGCGUGGUCGGACGCACAGGAGCAGGAAAGUCGUCUUUAACAAUGGCGCUUUAUAGACUAAUAGAGAGAGUAGAUGGUUGUAUUAAAAUUGAUGGAGUUGAUAUUGCUGCUAUUGGAUUGCACGAUCUUAGGUCGAAAAUUUCUAUUUUACCUCAGGAUCCAGUAAUAUUUUCUGAGCCAUUGCGAACAAACCUGGACCCAAGUAGCAAAUUUACAGAUUCACAAAUUUGGAGAGCAUUAGAGUAUUCAAAUUUGAAAAGUUUCAUAACUUCUCAAUAUGGCGAUUUGAUGUCAGAAGUAGGUGAAAGUGGUCGAGAUCUAAGCGUGGGACAACGUCAGUUACUUUGUUUGACUAGGACCUUACUGCAUAAAACAAAAAUACUGCUGUUAGAUGAGGCAACUGCUGCUGUCGACAUGGAAACUGAUAAGAUCAUUCAGCAAACAAUAAAAUCGCAUUUCUCUGAAUGCACGGUUUUAUCUAUAGCUCAUCGGAUAAAUACAGUCAUCGAUUAUGACAGAAUAAUGGUUAUGGAUAAUGGUGUUAUAGCUGAAUUUGAUACGCCCGAAACCUUGCUACAAAACAAGGAAGGAGUGUUUUAUUCCUUGGCAAAAGAGGCCAAUCUUAUAUGAAGCGCCAUAUUUGAGUCCAUAUACCAUUUUUGUCGAUUUUAACUUAAUCGUUGAUUACACCUUUCAAUACAUAUGCUGAAUUGUAGCAUUAUUUUGCUAAUGAAUUAUUUUUAACAUAUAUUAUGAAUUAUGACAGAGUUAUUCUAUUGGUAUCAUGCUAGUCGUUUGGUUAGUCUUUUUAAGUUUGAUUAUAUUUGAUACUAGUUUUCUUACCCUGUUAUAAAAUAUAAAACAUGUGCAUUUUUGUACUGUUACAAAUUACACUAUGAAACAAAAGAUGUUGUGUAUGCAUCAAUGCCAAAGCAAGCAGACGACAUUAAAACAUCCGGAGGUCGACAUACAGUCUACAACAAUGAAUUUCCUAUGACAAAAAAACAUUUAGAUAUAACGUAAGACCAUCUCUUACAAUGUGCCUUAUACAGCUAUAUACUAAUAUGGCGGGGAUAAACCUGUUUUUGUUUGCAUAACCUAUCUAUCCCAUUAAUAGAUAAUAGGUUCAAUAUAAAAAAUAAUAUGAAAAACGUACAGAAAAACAUCGGUACAGAAAAAGAACUUAAGGUCUAUGAUACCGGUAUCACAGACAACAAAAUCUCCGGUCCAGAAAAUGUAUGCUAAAUCAUACAGAAAGUUUAUGAUACCGGUAUCCCAGACGGCAAAACGUUAGGUCCUUGAAACCUAUGCUGAAUUCUUCCAAAGGUUAUGAUACCAGUAUCACAGACAACAAAAACUCGGGUCCAGGAAACCUAUGCUAAAUUAUUACAAUGGUGUAUGAUACCGGUUUCCCAUACAACAAAAACUCAGGUCCUGGAAAUUUAUUCUAAAUUAUACCAAGGGCCUAUGAAACCGGUAUCACAGACAAAAAAUUCUCGAGGUCAAGGUAACCUAUGAUAAAUUAUACCAUAUUGAAAAUGCUGUGAUACUUAAGGCAACAAAAAUACAGAAUCAUAUGGCCAGGGAAAAAAUCACUUGAAAUUAAUUAAUGAAGAAAUAAAUUGGUUAAAUCUAUAUUGAAAUGUUUGACCAAUAUCCUAAGUUACGUUUUAGUUAGUUUGUUAGUUCGUUUGCUUUCAAAUUGGCAGGAUUGAUUGAUAAAACACAUGCUUUAUUAAUCAUGUAAAUUAGAUUAAAAAUGAUGAGAAUCUCUUUUUGAAGUAAAAACAUUUCAUAUGGUGCAUCAGUUCAUAUUUCCUGUAAGUUCAUUGUCUUUUAUGCUGCAGUGUUACAAUCCAUACAUUUAAUUAGUUUUAUAUACUUUUUAUUUCGUUUUAUCACUCAUUGGUAUUUGAGUUUUAUAUAUUUGUUAUUUUUCUUUUAAAAGUUAUAAUUACGUUAUAAUAUAAGAAAUAUUAUAAAACAAUUUAUGUUAUUUUGUUUUAAAUAAAGUAUAUUUGGAUA